AAUCACAUGGUUGGCCUGGCCCUGCUGUGAGGAGAAGGGUGCAGUAUCACAUGAUGAGCCCUGAUUUUACUGCUUGACAUUGGAGGCAAGAUAGAACAAUGUGUGCAGCACUCUCUGAGGAGGUUUCCUAAUGCUGGAGGACACCGUACCAGCCCUCCUGGCUCAGCCCCUGAGACUGUUUCCUGAAGUCCUGGAUUUUCUCCUUCUGGAAGCUCUCCUUCCUUUCUUAAGGAACCAUGGACAUCAUUGGCUUUCUGAAAUCUCAGUUCAUUUGUCAUCUUCUUAUCUGCUACAUAUUUAUAGUGUCAGGACUGAUCAUUAACUUCAUUCAGCUCUUCACACUUGUCCUCUGGCCAAUCAACAAGCAGCUUUUCAGGAAGGUCAAUUGCAGACUGGCUUACUGCAUUUCAAGCCAGAUGGUGAUGUUGCUGGAAUGGUGGUCAGGCACUGAUUGCACCCUCUACACUGACCCAGAAAGUUACCACAAGUAUGGGAAAGAGAAUGCCAUCGUAAUCCUUAAUCACAACUUUGAAAUCGACUUUCUCUGUGGUUGGAACUUUUGUGAAAGAUUUGGGGUUUUAGGGAGUUCCAAAGUACUUGCGAAAAAGGAGCUUUCUUAUGUGCCUAUCAUUGGUUGGAUGUGGUAUUUCCUAGAGAUAGUCUUCUGCAAGCGGAAAUGGGAGGAGGAUCGGAAAACUGUCAUGCAGAGCUUGCUCAAUCUCCGGGAUUAUCCUGAAAAUUUUUGGUUCUUGAUACACUGUGAAGGCACAAGAUUCACGGAACAGAAGCACCAAAUCAGCAUGCAGGUGGCUGAAACAAAAGGCCUGCCUAAGCUCAAGUAUCAUCUGCUACCCCGGACGAAGGGAUUUGCUAUCACCGUGCAGUGUUUGAGAAAUGUAGUUUCAGCAGUGUAUGAUUCUACGCUCAAUUUUAGAAAUAACGAGAAUCCAACUUUGCUGGGAGUUUUAAAUGGAAAGAAAUACCAUGCAGAUUUAUAUGUAAGACGGAUUCCAUUAGAGGAAGUCCCAGAAGAUGAACAGGAAUGUUCUAAGUGGCUUCACAGACUCUAUCAGGAAAAGGACGCCUUUCAAGAAGACUAUUACAGAACAGGAACCUACCCAGCUACUCCCAUAGUGCCCCCUCGGAGGCCCUGGACUCUUUUGAACUGGCUUUUCUGGGCCUUAUUGCUGCUAUAUCCUUUAUUCCAGCUGCUUAUCAACAUGGUCAGCAGUGGAUCAUCACUGACACUGGCUAGUUUUGCAUUUGUCAUCAUUGUGGAUAAGCUUCCUGAUUCUAGACCACCUGAGUCCGUAAUGUCCGAUCAUAGAUUUACUGCAUUCUGUCAAAGCAGAAAUGUCAGAGCCAGCUUCUGUUGGUGUCCGAUGGAUGAUAGGGGUGACUGAAAUUAACAAGGGCUCUACCUAUGGCAACAAUGACAACAAGCCGAAACACAUGUAGCAUCUUCAGAGACUGCUUCCAUCCAAAGGGAACAAAUGCAACUUCUGAAUACUCUUUACGUGCACAUCAUGCUCCUUCAAGUGAGGGGGAGGGGAUGUGGAAGGGUGGGGUGAGCAACUUCCAUUGCUUAUCUGAAUUUGUGCUCCCAAUUUGUUCCUUGGGGCUGGGGCUAAAUUUCAGACUUGCUGAAAGAUGUUCUCCUGAGACUCACCUCUUCAAAACAGGUUUGCCUUUAUUAGUUUACUUAUGAAGUGUCUUCCAUUUGGAAGAAAGAAUCUAGUGUGAUAUAAAUAGUCCACAUGGGAAAUAACAUUUGGCUUGGGGGGAACAUCCUUUUCUCAACAUGCUAGGAGGGAUGGGGCACUCUGUGGAGCCUAAAUGGAAUGCAAAAAUUUAAAUGGAUAUUUUGUAUGUGCUAAUCAUGUUAUCAAUUUAAUGCCCAUAAUAUCUGUUGUUUCAAUGUACUGUGCUCAGUUAGAGACAUAUCAAACUGAACCAAGCCCCCCUGCAGAAAAUAGGUUUCAGUAGAACUAUUCCCAUUUAGGUCUUAAUUUAUACAUUGAAAGCCUCUGUUAACUGGAAUGGGACUAUGCCUCCUGCUCAGACUGCAAGCUCAGAAUUUUUGUGAUGUAACUGGUAGCAGAAUUUGGUCCAGUGGGUAUUAACACAGCUGUGGUGUUUAGAAAUGACAUGUACCUUUCCCACCUUGGUUCCUUAAAAUGACUUAACCAUUUGGUAUUAGCAUUGGUGGGCUGGUGUUUGCACUGGCUAGACUGAACACAGUUCACAUUUUGGGAAAAGAUUUUUUUUUUUUUAGCCUACACAAUACUUGUACGUAUGGGCCUUCCUGCAGUGGUAGGAAAGAGAAGCAGCUCUGACCUUCAACAAAAAUCAAAGUUAGGAAUCAUUUGCUUUUGUCUCUGCUGAGAAGUAACUACACUUAGCCCCAGAGGCUGCAGCUUAAGGUAACUUGAAGCUCUAUUUCCUUGGCGGUUAAUUUUUUUUUUCUGGACAUGCCUUGAGUUUGAGUCCUACAGAGUUGAUCUGGAUUCCAGUGAAAGAAGUCCAUGGUCUGUAGUGAUUCCAGGCUCUUGCCCUUGGGAAAACUAGACUUGGUGUUUUAUAGCCUAGCUCUGCUUCCUUGGUGCUAGCCUGGUUUUUAGAUGUUAAUAAUCUGUGAAGUUCCUCCAUGAAAAAGCUUUUUUGCAACCAAUCUGAAUGGCACUAUCCUUUUUAUAGAUUUAAGCACAGUGCCUGUAUCCAAGGCACAGACCAGUUACAGUGAAAGUACAGUUGAGCCUCUAAUGGGAAUGUGGUCUAACCCCUUCAACAGUGAGAUAGUUAAACAGGUAUAACAAUGCAAAGAAGUCUAUGAAAUAGGUAUUUGCUGUAUUCAAAAUGUUACUUUGAAAAGAGAAGUGAUUACUAAUGUUACUAAGUAACAAAGGUAUGGGUAGUGCUCUUAGUAUGGAGCAGCUGCAACAAAGGGGUUUGAGUGACUACCACCCAUUAGUUCAGAUUCUUUCCUUUAAGCCUGUGCAUUUUUCAGAGCCAGAUUGAUUUUGCUCACUUGACUGGCAUAUGUAAUUGGCAACACUUGAGGAUUUCAUGCCCUUAAAUGGCUUUUACACUGCUAAUGAUAAGGGAAAGGGUCUGCUAAGAGAUUCUGGAAGGAGCGCAAGCAUAGGCCCUAUCUAGUGAAAUGAAGGGAAAUUGUAGCUGUAUGAAGAACACAUGGCUAGAGGUUUCCUUUGAUACACAGAGCCUGGAGUAAAAUGCUUUGCUGCUGAAGACUGCAGGCACAUUUCUUAUCCUCCUGUGGCAAACUGCUAGCUGGCACGUUCCACCCAGUGCUGUGCAGAAACCAUAGCUUGAUGGUUAAAGGGACUGCUUGCUAAAGCUGUACUUGGCCCAUGUCAUUCUGAAAGCAGAGGCAGGAAGGGAAAACUAGUGUGCAACAGAUGAAAGUACAAUUUGGUCAGAGAGGUUGGGUUGUCUUUGCUGAACAGCAAACCUGUAUUAGUUCAGAGGUGCACACCCUAUAUUGUCUCCCAGGGUCAUUAUUUUAAUGUGCAUGAUUGUGGAGUGUGUUAGUACAUAUCAAUUCUUACAAUAGAUUAGGCUAGUGCACUUGUCGCUUUCAUUUCAUGUAUGCCCAUAAGUCCCACUGGAUUAAAUGGGAAUUUUGGAUGCACAAGGAAUGUAGGAUUGGACCUUCCAGAGCCUCACAUAAAUUGAAAUGAUUAUUCUGCCCUUGCUGCUAAAAUCAGAAUUGUACCUCUUGUGGCUAUGCUGGAAUACCUGUACAAAGGUACUUGCCAAAAUAAAAAGUCUGGUUUAUUGUACUAAAAAAUUGUCUUGUUAGACAUCAGUAUUUACUCCCUCCCUCCCUGAACUGUAUGCCUUAAAACUAGUCAAGUUUGUUUAUGCCCAAAAAAUAAAGUUUAGAGACUAGAAAUAGUCUUUGCAAUGCAGGGAA